AUGACGAAGAAAUUAGACGAGAAGAACUUUUUAUCCACAAACUUUACCGCGUACAAACACGUAUACCAAAUGUCCUUCCCGGAGGCAAUCAAAGCGAUCCCGGCGGAUUUAGCGUUGCACCCGAACUCGAAGUUCAAGCGGUCCGCGCAAAUCGCCAAACUCUUUAUAGACGAAGCAAGAGGGAUAGUCUCGAUGAUUCCGUACGGCGUUCGGGCGAAACUCGUGCACAAACUGACGCCAAAAGCGACGGAGAUGAUUUCGAGAGACAGAGGAGAGCGGAGAAUGCAAUUUAAAGAGACGAGAGUGAGCGUAAAGAAAGAUUUCAAAUACGGAGAAGACGAGAGGCAAAAGUUUGACGUGUAUUUACCGCCCGCGCGAUCGAUACGACGAGGAAAGAAAGAUGAUUACGACGACGACGACGAGUACGAAGAACGGGAGGAGGAGGCAGAAAAUGUGAGAGUUCCGAUGGCGGUAUUUGUCCACGGCGGCGUGUGGGCAUCUGGCGAAAGGUGGCAGUUUGCACCCCUCGCGCAUCGAUUAGCCGAAGAAGGCAUAGUCACGGCGGUUAUUUCGUAUUCCUUGUACCCGGAGAAGUCGGCCAAGGCGCAAGCGGAGGAAGUAUUGAAAGCGUUGAAGUGCGCGAUUAUGAACGCGAAGUUGUUUGGCGCGGAUGCGAGCAGAACGCAUUUGGUUGGACACUCGGCGGGGAGUCAUUUAUGCGCCAUGGCUUUGUUGUUAGAUGAGGAAGAAACGCAAAAAAAGGAAUCGGAGAAAUUGAAGUCGUUCGUCGGUAUGUGCGGCGUGUAUAACAUCGAGACGCAUUACGAGUACGAGGAUAAAAGGGGCGUAGCGAUGUUGAGCACGAUGGGAAGAGCGAUGGGUGGUAGGGAGAAAUUUAAAGAAAUGUCGCCGUUUCAUAUUUUAGAAGAUAGAAGUAGUAGCAGUAGUAGCAGUAGCAACAGCAAGAGUAGGAGUAGCGAUAGCGGCGGCGAAGACAACGACGACGACGAUGUGACCAAGUCAUCGUUUCCAAAGACGUAUUUGUUCACCUCGGAUACCGAUAUUGUCGUCCCCAAGCGCGAGUCGGAAGAUUUGCACAAGACUUUGCUUAAAAUUGGUGUAGACAGCGAGCUUUCGGUGUACGAUCACGGCACGCACGGCGAGUUUGCGCUCGGAUUUAAAAAACGACCAAAACCUUUGAGAGCGUUUCACCGCGAUUUGAUCGAGUUGCUUCAUUCCUAA